AUGACUAUGACCUCGUGGUCAAUGAGCAUCACCGACAUACAAGGUGUCGCCUUCCAGUCGCCAUACUCUGGCGGCCUAGUUUAUGACGUGACCGGCGUGGUGACUGCGAAGGACAGAUACGGAAUAUGGAUCCAAGGGGAAUCUUCAGAUGACCCACGCGCUUCCAGCGGUCUCCGCCUCUACGGCAACGCUGCGCACUCCGCCAACGUGGGAGACCUUGUUUCUAUCUCCGGUCGAGUAGCGGAGUACCGCAAAGCCCCCAACGACCUCUUUCUCACACAAAUAGAUCGUAUCCUCUCCAUCAAGACGCUCUCGUCGGGGCACGUUGUACCGCCGCUCGUCCUGGGCCGGGACCGCACCCCACCUAACAACCAGUUUUCGUCGCUCGACAUCGGCAAGGACGGAUGGCUUUCUAUGCCGAACAACAGGACUCUCCUGGAGCACGUCAACGCAACCUUGCGCCCUGAGGAGUUUGGGUUGGACUUCUGGGAGAGUCUGGAGGGUCAACUCGUCACCAUCAAAUCCCCAACAGCUACAAACUUCCAGGACCGGUUUGGUUCUCUGUGGGUGUACGGAGACUGGCCAGUAACGGGGAAGAAUGAACGCGGUGGCUUGACCGUUCACUUCAAGGAUGGUGCAAUGCCCCCCGCUCACCCUGAGGCUAUCUUCAUCGGUCGCGCUCUAGAUGGCUCGCGAAACCCCCCAGUGGUGAUGGGAGCCAAGCUCAGCGACAUCACCGGGGUCGUAACUUACCAGUUUGGCUUCUACUACAUCCUGCCAUUGUCCGCGCCAGAGAUACUGCAAUAUCCGAGCUUUGAUGUCCUCCCUGCACCCUUCAAUUCUUCCGUUCACCCUUGCCAGAUUCGGAUUGGUGACUACAACGUUGAGAACAUGUCUCCUCGAUCCCACCAUAUUCCGAAGAUUGCUGCCCACACUGCAAACUACCUCCACGCUCCCGAUAUUGUGUUUGUACAAGAGAUUCAAGACGAUUCUGGCCCUCGUAAUGACGGCACGGUAAGCGCCAACAAGACGCUUCGUGCUCUUUCGGAUGCGAUCAAGAAGGCCAGCGGCGGUGUGCAGUACGACUUCGUGAACGUCGAACCCUUGGACAACAAAGAUGGAGGCGCCCCCGGUAGCAACAUCCGGGUUGCUUACUUAUGGCGUCCAGAAAGAGUCUCCCUCAUUCCCGGGACCAUCGGAAACGCGACUGUUGGCACCACUGCUGUGACGGGCGACGACGGAAACGUAGUGUUAACCUUUAAUCCUGGCCGUAUCGACCCGCUGCACGACGCAUGGGAAGAGUCGCGCAAGCCGCUUGCCGCGGCCUGGCAGACAUCUUCUGGGGCACGUUUCUACACGGUCAACGUUCACUUCUCUUCAAAGCGUGGCAGCUCUUCCACGCAGGGCGACGCUCGCCCGCCCGUGAACGGACGCGCCGAGUUACGGACGAGCCAGGCGAACGUCACUGCAACGUUCGUAGGCUCGAUCCUGGACCUCGACGAGCAUGCAAGCGUUAUCGUAGCGGGCGACAUGAACGAGUACGCGGCCACGCGCUCCGUUCUCCACCCCCUCUCUGCGAGACUCCUGGAUAUCAACGACGUUGCGCGCGUUCCUGCUGCAGAGCGCUACACAUACGCGUUCGACCAGAACGCGCAGGAGAUCGACCACAUGUUCGUGAGCGAGGCGGUCGCUGCCCGCGGGGGCGAUGUCGAACAUGUGCAUGUCAACACUUGGGCGCAGUCGAUCGCUGAGCGCGCCAGUGACCACGACCCGACGGUCGCGAGACUUUGGGUGUGUGAUACUGCGGAAACUGCGAGUGACUUUGUUGUCCAAAAGUGGGGCGCAGAAUAUGCUCCUCGAGUACAGGUUGUCUUGUAG